UGACAGCUCUGGAAGUCCCGGGGGCAAGAUAAUAACAUUGGGAUACAAAGUGGAAUUUGUUGGUCGGGAGUGGUGGUUUUGGUGAUAAUGGCUGCUGUGGCUAGUGUUCUCAGGGCUAUUGAGAGCUUGAAUGCUGCGCAGGGGGGGCAGAGUGGGCUGGACCCAGUUGGAAGGCGGACGGAGAAAAUGGCCAGUUGCACGACGAUAGUCAACGGCAUGACCUCCCCCGGGGUGAAAACCACGAAAAACUUCGCACAGGUGCUGGGCCUCUCGAUAAAAACCCUCCUCUCCCUCUGCAACGACGAGGAAUCCGACGUGCGGAUGAUCGCCGACGAGUGUCUGAACCGAAUAAUCCGCUCGACCUCAGACGGAAACGUCCUGAAGAUCCAAUUCGAGUUGUACAACGAGAUCCACAGGAACGCCAGCUCGCGGUCCCUCCGGGCAGCCCUGAAGCGUUUCGGUCUCCUCAGUCACACCAUAAGGCCCAUAAAAGGCAAGGCCUACAUCUCCAACUUGAUUCCCUCCAUCGUGGCCAUCGCCAAGAGGCCCGAGGAGGAAGUAAUCGACACCCUCGCCCAGUCCCUCCCUUUGAUCCUCAAGAGUCUGGGGGCCUUCAUGACGGACAAGGACGCAAAGACCCUGCUCAAGGCCUUCUACCCCAAUUUGAGCUCUCCCCAAGCUGUUUUCAGGAGAAACGCUGGCAACAUGAUCCUUGCGACGUGUCUGCACUGCCGAAAGCCCAGGAUUUUCCUCUUCUACGCCCUCAGGCACCUCAUAGACACGAUGAUAUCGGUGAACAGAACCGACGAGAAUCUCCACCUGGUCGUGGGCAUCCUCGGCUGCAUCAGGGUAAUGCUCCCCCACGUCGAUCAGCACCAGGAGUCAGAUCACGAAACAGACGCCCACAGACUGGACUGCCUCAUUCAGGUCUACGAACUCUGCUUGAGGUACGUCCAGUGUCACUCCGAUCAUAACGUGAUCAAUGCUGCACUGGAGACACUGGCUCAGCUCCUGCGCUCCCCUAAUGAGGAGUUCGUGGGGCAAUUGACCUCGAAGAGUGGGAUUUCUGGGGGCAGCAGGAUCGGCUCCUUCCAGAGGACCUUGAGAAUGUCCUCUAGUGAUUCGACUGAGACUGAGGAGAUCGGGAGGGAGAGGAAUGAUGCUGAUAGUCCUGGAGGUGUGAAAUUGGAUUUAAUCAGUCCAAAAGAAUCGAUUCAGGACCAUAAACCCGAGAGAACAUCCUCAGGUUCCCAACCAUCAACGAAGGAAAAACCCCAAGAAGAAACAUCCAGAUUGAGCGUCGGAAGUGCAUCAGAUGCAGACGUGCCUUUGAAAUUCUGCUGUCGUUAUUUAUCCUCGUGCUUCCUGCUGGCAGGAAGGCCCACCGAAUUAAUCCCAGAUAAGUUAUUUCGAGUCUCCGUGAAGUCCCUGGCACUGACCUGCAUCUGUGGUAUCAUCAGGCACUACCCAAACAUUCUCCUCCAAACGUUGGAAAAAUCCCCGAGAGACUCCAGCAAAAAUCCCCAGAUGAUUUCCGACAUUCUGCUAUUCUCAAAGCACUCAGACCCCCAACUGCGGGGAAACGUGGCCAUGAUCAUAGGAUUAUUCCUGAAUUCGGUUUUCGUGAAGUAUUGGGGGUCCUACAAUUCCCUGGAGCAGGAGAUUCAGCAGACUGGCGAGGGAAGAAUCAUCGAUUUAGAUUACUUGAUAAAUCUCCUGAUAGAUUCCCUGGCAGAUGAAUCAGCGACGACCUCUCGUCAGGCUCUGCAGUCCCUGGACACCUGCCUCACAUCACUCCUCCAGUCAGAGGAGAGUCACCACUCCCUGCGGAUCCUCUUCAAGCUGCUCCCCCUGUCGGACAACCCCUACUUCCUCGUGAAGAUGAACCUGUCAAAAGUCCUGAGUGAUCUCCCCUUCAUCACGAUAAAGUACCUGACGACUUCCUCCUCCUUCCAGUCAGACGUCACUCAAAUUCUAGUCAAACUUCUGGGCGACCAGGACCCCAGGGUUCGCAACGCAGCUGCCAAAGCCUUCGUCAAGUUCAUCAGUACGUCGUACCAUCAAUCCCCUCACGAGGACGAGUGCCUCAGGAGGACUUCGCAGUGCAUCGAGCAGUACCUGAACCCCUUCAUCACGAUUAACCUGGACUCCAGGGGGUACCAGCUGGACCAGAAGUUCUUCGUCAACAGCCUCGUCGAUCCCUUUCUCUCCUUCUACACUGAUACCAGAAGACAGAACACUCGAGACAAUUUUGAGGACUCUCUGUCGAUCAUCGUCGGUCUCCUCGUCCAGAAGCUCUUCACCUAUCCCCCCAGAUAUUUGUCCUACGGGUGCUUCGAGACUCUGAGCGAUCUCAGCGAGUUCUACCCAACGACUCUAUACCCAGACGCCUGGGACUGUCGUCAAGCCAAGACACUCGUUAGAAAACCCACGUCGAAGGUCCACGCCAGCAACAGGAGCAUCGCCAGUGAAUCCAUCGACUUCCCUUCGAGUCCUGAUCACCUGUCCCCCACUGGGACCCAACUUCUCUCGUUAACAAUCUCUCUGCUGUCGUCCGAUCCAGUGAGUCUUGAUCUCCUCACCCACAAGCACAUGAUCAUCCUCGCGGGGAAUUUAAUGUCCGGUAUUUCCCUGAGAAACCUGAAGACAAUCGAUCUGAACGAGAAGAGUGACAGCGUCUCCAAGAUGUGGGCAUUGUUCGAGGACAGGGAGAUUAAUCGUCACCUGGAGCUGCUGUUCGUGCACAUAAUGAGGCUGAUAAACAUCUUUGUUCACGUGAUCGAUGGGAUCCAGGUGGCCUCCAGUGGAAAAUCUGGACUCCCUUCGCUGCCAACGACUCCCUCCCUCUCGCCCAGGAAGAAGAUUCACCAGGACAAACCGAAGGAGAAGAAGGAGAAUGUCCUCACGAACUCCUUCAGGGCGAAGGAGCCCAUUGGUGGAUUCAGCAGUCUUCCUCAUUACCUGAGGCUCCACGAGAUCCUGAAGGCAGCUCACGUGAAUUACGUGUCAACCCUGGAUGUUGAAGCCAGUCAGAUGUACCUGGGGCUCCUGGACUCGACCCUCCAGGCUCUGUCUCAGAUUCUGGAGGUGGCAAGCACCUUCGAGGCCAGGAAAAUGGCUGAAGAAGUGCUGCAUUACCUGGAGACAACCCUGGCGCUGUCGUCCACGAAGACUGUUCAGUGUGUCAGACAAUUACUGAAAUCCUUAUUCGGGACUAAUCUCUCUGCUCGUUGGGACGAGCUGGAGGACAUCAGGAGCCCCGACGACAGAAUAAAAAACCCUGAGGACUCGAGAAGAGGCUUGUACGAUCGCUGCUUCCAGAAACCUGGAAGACAGAUGGCUGAGGUGAUAAAGUCGAUUGGAAACAACUCCUGGAGCAAUGAAAACGAGCUCACGAGGUCCUCGUCAACUUCCUCCUUCAGUCGAAGGGACUCCGACAGGAAGAUGGUGCUGGCCUUCAAGUCCUUCGCGAGGACCAGCAAUCAGAAGGCCUUCUUCGUGUCCUUCAUCAGGAUAUUCGAGACAAUGGUGAUAAAAUCGUUGAAUCAGUACACAACAACUAGCUCUGUUUCCUGCCAGUGCCAGGUGUUGAGUCUGCUGUCGCAGCUAGUGCAGUUUCACGUUAACUACUGCCUCCUGGACACUGACAAGACCUUCAUUGACUUUGUCUUGGGACAAUUUCCCUUCAUCGAGGAGUCCCAGAUCCCCCAGGUGCAGCAGCUCCUCCCGAAGAUCUUCGGAUUUCUGGUGCAUCUGUCGUACGAAAAAUUUCACUCCAAAAUGAUCAUCGAUAUAAGGGAGAUAAUAAAGUUGUGUGAUGGAUUGAUGGCCAGUGGGCAGCCCCCAACGACCCACUGCAUUCCAGCUCUGGUCCCUGUGAUUGAGGACAUCUUUCUUGCGAGGUCGUCAGCAUCGAAAACACCAGGAGAAAAGGCUGAACUGGACACCACCAGGGAGUACCUCAUGUCGAUGCUCCUUCGACUGGUUGAGCAUCACCCAGUGAUCGAACUCCUCGCCCAGUGUCUCUCUGAGUGUCGGAGCGAUGAGGAUGGCGAGGAGAAGUGGAGAAAGUGGUCCAGAAUGACGAUGGACGUCGUUCUGCCUGCCCUGGCCUCUGGAAAAAUCAGGAUUGAAUCGGAAACAGCUGGAGUUGCUGUUAUCAAACUCUUCUCCACUGUCUCACCGAGCUGCUUCAGGCCUGUUGAUCCCCUCUUGAAGAUCCUCUUCACUGUUCCCCCGGGGCUCAACGAGUCCAGGAUCAAGCUAGAGAGGUGGCUGGGGAUGGUGAACAUCGUUCUGCUUUCUCUGAUUGCUUACGCCAAGGAGGAAGCCAUGCUGUCGAGGCUGGCUGAGCUCAGUGUCUUCAUGACUGAGCUGGUGCACACCCUGGACCUACCAGACACCUUCACCAUCUACGACACUGCUGAUCCCCUUAAUGCAACUAAUGUAGAGUCCUGCUCACUGUCACCAGAGAGAAUCCUCGCGAUUUUUGCGUUCAGAGUGAUUUUCCUGGCUUCCUCCAAAAUAUGUUUGACCCUUAAUUCUGUUGAACAUCGGGACAAUCUUCUCCACAACAGACAGGGGAUUUACCUCCUCCAGGAAUUGGCUUUCUUUCUUCAAUUGUGCAUCCACAUGUUCGAGUCUGGGAGCCACUGUAAAGUGGCAAAUGCCACGAUUCAGAUGCUGAACGACGAGGAAUUGAUUCCAAUCGAGAAACUCAAUUCCCUGAUGCUUGAAAUAUCCAUGAAGAGCUGUCCAAUAUUGACGACCCAGUGGACAUACCUCAUGACCCUCUUGGGAUACAGCAGCGAGGGCUUCUGGUCCAAGACAUUGGGCAGAAAAAGUCGGAGCCUGUCGCCCAAAAGAGAAGGAAAAACCGUGAAUAUUGAUACGAAAAUUGUGAGACAGUGUGCGACGAUUUUAUUCAGCGAUCACAUCUGCGAGAACAUGAAUGACGCAGAGUCCUUGACGUGGCUGGUGAUGAAUCACAUCGAGGAGACGAUGAAUCUGGCCAACGAGCCCCCUGUUCGUGAUCUGGUGACAGCUGCUGUUCACAGGAACCCAGCGGCCAGUGGACUCCUCAUCCAGGCGAUUUCAGCCAGAUGUCUGGACCUAUCCAGACCUUCAUUUGUGAAGAGAUUGUUGAGGGCCCUGGAGAGUGCCCACGAGGACCAGAGUGGUGCUGUCAUUCUGACGAUUAUCCCGAGGUUCAUAUCCCUGAGUCAUCUGGUUCUUGGGAGGACAGCGUCUAAAAUAGCAGCGAAGAGAGUGGAGUUUCUUCUGUCACUCCCUGGGGAGGAGGUUCUCAAUCAACUGCCCAAGGAGGAUCUCCUGAAGCUGAUGGAGAGCCUGCAGUCCACGAGGCUCGCCAAGAAGCACGGAUUACUCGUGGGAAUGAUCAACAGUCUGGCUACGAGAUUCUACGACAUUUCCCCCCUGGAGCUGGAGCACUGCAGACCCUUCAAUCCCUCCGCAGUCCAGAACAUUCACCUCGACAAAGCCUGGUACCUCUCCCAGGUGAAACUCAAGUGUUGCAAUUCAACGAGCAAUCCCCCAGACUCAUCAGAAGCAGCUGAACUCCUCAGUAAUCUCGAGCUCGAGGACUGCGAUGACAUCCUCAUGUCCAAGAACUUCGACCUGAGGAUCCUGGUGGAGUGCAUCAAACUGGGGACAAGACUGAGCCUCGAGGAGGACACGAGGAGAACAGCUUUCGUGAAAAGUACAGACUUCUCGAUUCAAAGCAAACAGUCGUCGACAGGAGAAAAUUCAGAAUGUCUGUCGUCCCUGUAUCAAUCCUCUCGUCAAUGUCUCUUGAUUCACGUUAGGAACAUCAUCGAACUCCUCCCAAAACCCCACGCAGUCUACGAUCCCUGGAUGACAGAGGACAAGAACUCGAAGACACUCAAGUACUCGAUGAAAUUCCGAGCCCUGGUGGAGGACCAGAUCUUCUGGGAGAGAGUCUUCACCCUGAUUCCUGCUGUGACAGCCCACCUCGAGAGCCUGAGGGAGUUCAACAACCGAGGGAUAGCCUGCAACACUCCACGAUUCGAGGAGGAAGACCUCUCGAAAUUUGCAGUCCUCUGCUUGGAGAUAAUCCACUGGAUGACGUUCAGGAGGUCCCUGAAGCCCCACGAGUUGGAGCUCUCGCUGACGUGUGCCACAGAGCUGUUAAAGAACGAGAGAGUCUCCAAGAUCUUUGGGAGUGAGUGCCACUACUCCUGGGUCUGCUCGGCCUCCAACACCCUGACUAAACUCCUGGAGUACUGGAUAUCCCCAGAAGAGUCAUCAGACUUCAGUCUUCCCCCUGUGGACGAUCGAGGCCUCGCCGAGGCCUUGAAGACCGACUCAACGAGACCCUACGCCCUCGCCUGCCUGCAGAUGUCAGGGCUGAUCUCAUGGCUGGAAAAAACCGACCACUCCUCUCGAACCAACGACCUGAACAUCCCCAAGUUCAUCAGGAACCCAGUGACAGCAUUAAUCAUAAUAAUCAGCAGGCAAGACCUGGUGAACUCCUUCGUGCUGACCCCUCCCCUGGUCUGGAAGCACGGCUGCAUGAUCGAUGGCUCUGGCCCCACUCUCUGCCACUUCCCCCUGCUCCUCUCAACCGCUGAAUCCAACUUCCUCCAGGAGAUCGACGUCCUCCGACAGUUUGUCUACAGGAUAACCCUCCUGGGGUGGACCUCUCGUCUCCAGUUCGAGGAGAUCUGGAUGGCGUUGCUGUCGGUCCUCAGUGCAGCAUCAAGUGAGAAUGAUUCUGGUGAAUCAGAGGGGAGCAGCAUCCAAUCGACGAGUCUAGCAGUCCAGGGAAUCACAAGACUACUGACACAAACACUAAUCCUCCCUCACCCUGGGAAUCCUGUCAACAGCAUUGCCAUGCACCACUGCAGAGAUCCCCCUCUCUCCCUCCAGAAACCAGCAUCGCAGAGACUCUACAUCAUCCAGGAUCUGCUGUCCUGGAAGUACCAGUCCUCGAGGGACUCUGGACUUCCCAGAGACAGCUUUCUCAAUUCUGGAGUUGACUCCCUGGGCCUCGAGCACUUGUUCACGAGAGGGAAUAUCGAGAGGGAGAGACUGACCACUGGAUUCGAUGAAUUAUCUUACAGUCAGUUAUCAGUUUCGUACCUCUGGGCCUUGUGCUCCCUUCACGAAGACAAACUCUCAGCUGCUGUUCUCAUUUUGAAGGAGAGAAGGCAUCAGGCAUUGGCCUCAGACUGCCUCGAUCUCGACUCUUGCAUCAGGUUCCUGAUAGAGCUGUAUACGAGGUGGUUGCUGCCAUCCUCAGGAACACCUUUGAGACUCCUCAACGAAGUCGUCAGGAGCAUCAUCUCGACGUCAGACCUCUUCGUGGAGAGGGGACAGUUCCAGUGGAUGUUCGAUACUUGUUCGGAAAUGGAGAGGUGUCACACAACUGAUGACGACAUUCUCCACAGCACUUUGGUCUUUGCUGUCUGCAAAUCGGCAGCUGUGCUGACACCACUGGACAUCGAGAGCCUCGAGAAAGUGAAGAGGGCUGUUGAGAAUGGCUUGAAGACGAGUUAUUUACCAGGGAGACUAGCAACACUCCAUGGGGUUUUAUUUCUUCUUCAGAGUGCGGUUCAGGCGAAUUGCGAGGAGACGAUGAACGUCGUUCAUCCACUGGCUAUCAGGUACAUCCACAAACACAUUGAGAGUGGAGGAAGGACUGAGGACCAGAGUGAGGAGCACCAGAGGACCAUGUGGGCUCUUGUGUUCUUCCUCCUGGAGCAUGCUGAGGACACACCACCUGAGGCUGAGGCACCAGCUGUUCUGGAACUGGCACUCGGCCUCGUGUCAACUGGGACUGUUUCUGUAGCGAUGAACAGGACUAUUCUCCAGGGGCUGGAGAGGCUUGUGGCUGCCAAGAGUGUUGUUGGGAGGGUUGCUGAUCAGAUUGUGAAGGUCUCCCUGGAGAGACUGAAGAGCAGCUGCCCUCUCAUUGCCAUUCCUGCAUUCAGGCUGCUGCUCACUUGCAUGUACUCCGAGGCUGCUGAUAGGUUCAACAGAACUGCUGUCGUCAAGGAGGAGCAGCCACUCCCUGAUAUCGAGCCUGAGGCCCUGAUGAGGACCAUCGAGAGGACCUCUGCUGUUUUUGAUAGGAUCAAGAAGGGGCAGAGCAUGGAAGUGAGGAUCUUCUGCGCUGUCUUGUCGGAGAUCCUUGGGGAUUUCUUCCCUCCUUUUGAGACUCUGACGAAGGUCAUUGGGGAGUUCCUGUCGCCACAGCAGCCGCAUCAGAGACUGGUGUCUGGGGUUGUCUUCAAGGUUUGCGAACGAGUCACUGGGACUGAGGAUCAGCUGACUCUCCUGCAGGACUGGGUUGUGUUCAGUUUGCCUUCUUUUAUCCAGAGUUUACCGCUAGUUACCUCCACCUGGUGCCUGUCGUGUUUCUUCGUUAGUGCGUCAACGAAUAAGUGGCUCAGGGCCCUGUUUCCACAUGUACAAUCGAGAAUGGGAAAGUAUGAGUAUGAGGAUAAGAAGAUAUUGUGCAUCGCUGCUGCUGAUUUUUAUAAGCAGCUUUCGAAUGAAUCACAGAGGGAAGCUUUCCUGAGGAGCUUCGAGGCAGCUGGGAAAGAGCAGGGCUCUCCCUUCUGCGAUAUAAUGACGACCUUUAAUGUUGCUGAGAGUGGGUGAAGUCGAGGCCAAAUUCUUCGUGUAUAUAAAAGAAGUCUAUUGUAUCCAUAUUAUGUAAAUCAAUCCGAUGAUUUUAUUUAUUCUAUCCGUAAUUAGAAACUAUUUUUCCGAUA